CCCCCACCUGGCGGGGAUAGGGCUCCGGGUGCCUUGGGUCAGAUAGGCUCAUGGCUUCUCCUAGCAAGGCUGUCAUUGUUCCAGGCAACGGCGGCGGGGAUGUGGCCACGCAAGGCUGGUACGGCUGGGUGAAGAAGGGGCUGGAGCAGAUACCUGGUUUCCAGUGUUUGGCUAAAAACAUGCCUGACCCAAUCACAGCUCGGGAGAGCAUCUGGCUGCCCUUCAUGGAGGCGGAGCUGCACUGUGACGAAAACACCAUCAUCAUAGGCCACAGUUCCGGGGCCGUCGCAGCCAUGAGGUACGCAGAAACCCACCAGGUGUACGCCAUCGUGUUGGUGUCCGCGUACACGUCCGACCUGGGGGAUGAGAACGAGCGUGCAAGCGGGUACUUCAGCCGCCCCUGGCAGUGGGAGAAGAUCAAAGCCAACUGCCCUCAUAUUGUGCAGUUUGGCUCCACCGAUGACCCCUUCCUUCCUUGGAAGGAGCAACAAGAGGUGGCCGACAGGUUGGAAGCCAAACUGUACAGGUUCACCGACCGCGGCCACUUUCAGAACACGGAGUUUCACGAGCUGGUCGGCGUGGUCAGGUCCAUGCUGAGCGCGCAGGCGUAGUCGGCGUGGCGCCUGCUGCCGGGCACGUGGGCGUGGGAGCGGGGCAGCGAUCAGACUAGUUACAGACCGCCGUUCUCAGGUGACUGCUGGACACACAAAGCAGGUCAAAUUGAGUUCCAAAGAAGCCUAAAAAACACACAAGUUACCAUGUUCAAACUAAAUUAAAAACAGCAUUUUCAUUUUCCAUAGUUCUUCAUCACCUUGAAUUGCUAUGACCUAAAGCAGUAUUUUUCCCAUUUGAUAAGGGACAUGGGACGGCUUAACCACCCUUAUCUGUCCAAAGUGAGUAAGACAGAAAUGAAACCCAGGUUUCCUGACUCCCAGUGCAGACUAGGUCACAGCCGACCUGGUCAGUGUAAGACCAGACUGGUGAGGAUUAGGGCGACGUGGAGAGCUCCUGCCGUGCGGUCUGGAUUGUUGCCAUGUGGGAAUUCAGCAGCGUAUUGCCAAUUUCCUGAUUUUUCAAGGAAAAAAAUUCAUAUGGUGGUUUUGUAUUUAGGGCCUGUGAGUGUAUGUAUAUAUGUAUAAUCCAUAUGUACAUGAAUUAUGUUCAGUCCAUAAACAUAUGGGGUCUGUUAGUUGGCAACUACAGUGCAAGUACAAAGUUUGCAAACACCGCAAGGCACACAAAGUCCAAGCCAUCCUUUUGUGACAUCUGCUGCUUUGCUUAGACAGGAGCUUAAAUGGUUCUCUGUGAAGCCGAGAAACGGACACAGUGUCAAAGGAUGAAAUCAUGGGAACAAUUUGGAUUUUGCUACGAAGUCUUAAAUAUUUUUCAAACUCAUCUUUCCAUCCCUCAAAUUUUGUUCUGUGAAUGUUCUACCUCUGUAACUUCCAAGGCCUUUUAGAGCUUUCAGCAUCAUUCCAUGAUUUUUUCUCUAAUCAUACUCCCUCAGAAAAACCCUUCUUUAUUUCCUAACAUUUUUGGGCUGUUAUGAUCCCCAGUAUUGUCUCUAACCAUCCCCCGCGAAUUCACACCUGACACUUGCUGUGACGUGAAUGCCCGUAACUGUUCACACCUAACGAAGAUUUAGAGUCAUCACUUUAACCUGAAAAGUCUUCUGAUUUCUAAAUGUACUCAAAGCCAGGAGAGCUUCUCUAAACUUCUAGCAGUAGUCCUUUUAGGGGACGGGAAUUUGGGAGGCACGGUGUGGUGGACAUCUUUUUCACGUUAUACACCUGAGGGUUAUUUGAGUUUGUUGCACUCAAUGUGUAUUACUUUUAUCAUUAAAAAUAAAGAUAAACAACUUAUUUGACAAGUUAGUGAAACAUAAAGUAGAUAAAUCAGUUGAAUAAUGUUUUUAGAGAGGUUGUUUUUUAGCAUUGAUUUAACCACGCCUAUAAUCAAAGUUUGAUUUUAUUUGAAUUAUUUGGGAAUAGUAAUUGUUCUGCUUAUUCUCUGCCUUUUUUUUGUUUUUGGAGUCCCUUCUUAAAAAAAUCACAAACUUAUACCAAUAACAGUUCAUAAUACUUUGUUGUUUUCUUCCUCCAAAAAAAUAAAUACAUGUAAUUGAGAAAUAA